AUGGAUCCAUUGAGCACCUCAAGGCUUGUCUUGUGGCCAAAGGCUAUACUUAGAUGGCCUUUCCGCCAACUUGAUAUGAAGAAUGCAUUUCUAAUGGCACUCUCACUGAAAAUGUCUAUAUGGAAUAGCCUCCUGGGUACAUUGAUUCUCAGUACCCGAAUCAUCCGUGCAGACACCUUUCUCUUUGUCUUUCAUCAGCAGUCUGACACUAUUUAUCUGCUCUUGUAUGUUGAUGAUAUUAUCAUUACUGGCAACAACUCUUCUCUUCUUGACAACUUCGAUCGCAAGCUCAAUUCUGAGUUUGCCAACAAGGAUUUGGGCUAUCUUAGCUAUUUUCUUGAUCUGGAAGCUACUUACACUACUGAUGGUCUCUUCAUCAGUCAGUUGAAAUAUGCCCAGGAUAUUCUGACUCGAGCACAGUUACUUGACAGCAAGCCUAUUCAUACUCCUAUGGUCAUUUCUCAACCUCUGACUGAUGAUGAUCCUACCCUCUCGGACCCCACUAUCUGCAGAUCUCUAGUCAGUGCCCUUCAAUACUUAACCAUCACUCGCCCUGACAUUGCUCAUGCAGUUAACUCUUUGCUUACUCUAAUGCUGACUAGGCUGGUUUUCUCGAUACUCACCAUUCCAGGCUACUCUAUUUAUCUUGGCGAUAAUCUGGUUUCUUGGAGUGCUAAGAAGCAACCCACUGUUUCCCGUUCAAGCUGUGAGUCUGAGUAUCAGGCCCUUGCAACUACUGCAGCUGAACUCCUUUGGUUCACCCAUCUACUUCAUGAUCUCAAGGUUCCCAUUUCCCGGAAGCCUAUUCUCUUAUGUGACAACAAAAGUGCGAUCUUCUUAAACUCCAACCCUGUUUCCCAUAAACGGGCCAAGCAUGUUGAAUUAGAUUAUCAUUUUCUUCGGGAACUUGUUGUUGCUGGCAAACUUCACACUCAAUAUGUGCCCUCUCAUCUACAGGUUGUCGACCUCUUCACCAAAAGUGUUUCUUGA